GUUGUCAAAUAAAGACACCGGCUCCGAACGAUUAUGAUUUGACAUUUCACCUUUUAUUUUGUAAAUAAAAAAGAAAAAUUGAAUAAUUUGGUGAUAAACACUGCUACUCUAUUGAUUUUGUGUCCCAAUUAAUUAUCUCUAAGAUACUCGGCGACUACUGAGUACUGGCCAUUCCUACAUAGUAUUGUUAUCAGAAUUCCUCGCCCUCGUUAUGUUUUAUCUUGUUAAUAAAUUAUCGUUGAAAUAAUAAUCAACGUUAUCGUUCCGAUAGAUCCUAGUUCCGUUUCCUUGACCGUUUGUAUCAAAGUCACAUUAUUUCUAACAUAGAACGAAGGAAAAAUGUCGCUUGUACGUUAUUUAAACCCUUUUAUGGUAUUUAGAGAAUUUAUCAGUCGACCGGUCGAAAGUUUUGUCACGGACCAAUAUAUUGGGUAUAAGAGAAAAACCAAUGAUAGUAUAACGAGUAUAAAAGAUCUAUUGUACAGAGCUGGAAUAGUUUUAGUGUUUUUUUCGGCUAUAUUGUGGAUUUCAGUGUUUAUGUACAUUAUAUUUUAUUAUACAUAUAUGCCAAACGUUACUCAUGUGAGGCCUGUUCAUUUGCAAUUCAAGUCAUGUGAGGAUCAAAUGGGUUUAUGUUCAUUUCCAUAUGCCUAUGUGCAACUAACUAAGGGCAGUUAUGUGUUGAUGUCGGGCCAGCCUUACAGGAUCAAAAUAGUGAUGGAUGUACCUGAAUCGCCAAAUAAUAAGAACUUAGGUAUGUUUAUGGUAUGUUUACAAAUGCGUGGCAAAGGCGGGACUUUAAUAUCAUCUUCUUGUAGAUCAGCUAUGCUUAGUUACAGAUCACGGCUGCACUACUACAUUCGUACGGCGGUGUACUCGCCUCUGUUCUUAUCAGGAAUAGAGGACGAGAGACAGGAACUGCAGGUGGAACUAUUUAGUCAUUUCGAAGACGAUCCCAACACACCCGUGACAGACGCGUACGUGGAACUCCAAUCCCGCUACGUGCAAGUACACACGUGCUCUCUGCACAUAGAGGCGCACUUCUCGGGGCUCCGGUACGCGAUGUACUACUGGCCGAAGACCUCCGCCCUCCUCGGUAUAUCGACAAAUCUGUUCUUUACGUCCCUGGUGUUCAUUUUGAGCUGGUAUCACCUACAAGAUGGCUUGCCUGAGUUUAUUAAGAAAAACCUCAAGAAGGAAAUCAAACGCGAACCGGACGAUGAGAAGAAACCAAUUGGAAAGAUAAAGCUUGAAAGAGAAGAUUCAUUUCCCUUCAUAGAAGAAGAGGCGUUGAUAGAAGAAUUCAGAAGCUUAGAGAAAAAGAAGGCGACACAAGACUGAUUAAAUAUGCUUUUUAAGACAAUUAUUUUAUUUGGGCUUAGUAUCGGGGGUUAUUUAAAAAGUGUCGGUUUGCACAAGCUAAUCUCUGGAAGAUUAGUUGGACCUCAGGAAGCGGUUGAUAAACCAAUUAUUGGUUUAUAGCUUUGAGUAGAAGUUAAGAGGCGAGCGAAACCGCGGGACCUGGUUAGUUUGUGUUUUAUAAACGUAUAUAAUACUGGAAAAUAAUUUGAUAACUCGAUUGUCCCACGAGUCAUUCAAAAAUUAAUACUAUCUCUUUUCAUUAUAUUUUAAAGAAAGAGAUAGUUGGAUACAAUUUUCAAUAUGGAAUUAGUAAAGCAUUUUUAUUCUAAUUUGAUAUUAAUAUAAAUGUAUAUUAUUAUUCGAAAUUUAUGGAAAUUAGACUGAUAAAUGAAUUUAUUUUUAUAUGUAUGGAAUUAUUAUGAGAAUAGAAAUAUUAUAUUUCUUAUUAAAGGUGGAGUUGAAAAUGUUUGAGAUAAUGUAUAGAAAAAAGCAAUAAAGAUGACGUUUUUUGCGCGGGAAAUACGUUUCUUUUACAUUUAAAUGAAUCUAAUGUUGAAUUUCGAAUGGAAAAUAUAUAAAAUGUAAUUUAUAAGUUUUUAAUUUGAAAUUAUUAAAAUCCGCACUUUAUAUUCAUAUGUAAUUGAAUAUUAUGUUUAAUAUUUUAAAAUAAGCAAGGUCUAACUGUUACCAAUGCGAUGUUGAAACUUAUUUUAAUAGAUACAUCAAUAAUUUAAACAUUUAUACAGGAUUAAGAAGUUAUUUGAUGAUAGAAGAAUUGAAGUCCUUCCAUUUAUAGUCCACUCAUAAAUUAUUCUUUAAUCUUUUAUUAUUCAUACUAUAAUUUUUCACCAUUUCCCUAGUAUUUUUUUGAUAUUUGCACUGUACCAAAGAAUUUCAAAUAUCGUUCAUUAUUUGUUGCCAUUGGUUGUUAUAAAAUGUAAAUAAGUUUGAAGUUUAGCAAAUUUUAUUAUUAAUUAAUUAUAUAUUAUUUCGGUUGUUGAGAUAUUUGUCGUUUUCGUAUUGAAAUAGUAAAAGUUACUUAUCUGUUCAUUAUGUGCUCAAAAUAGUUGCAUUUAUUUAAAAAUUGUAAUAUUCACUUGAAUUCAAAUUUUAAGAAGUUUACUCGGUAGGAUCGAAAUAUUAAAAAAAUAUAACAUAGCAUUUAUCAUGGUAUCUCAUUCGCACACAUAUUAAUAGUUGAUUGCUGUUCCGCUUACACUUGACGUACGUCCGCCAUAAUAUCAGUUUUUGGCGGGAAUAUAUGCGCGGUAGUAUUAUUGAGUAGUUUAAAAUACUAGACAAAUUAUUAUAAUAUAUUCGAAUUAUUUAUUUUAUGUUAACUGUAGAUAAUUUUAUAAUUGU